AUGUCAGGCGAUGCCAGGCAGAGCAGGUCACGCAGCGACAACGAGUCGUCCUCUCCGAUACCAUCGCCAAGUUCUGACACUCAAGAUCGUGGUCGAUCGAGAAUACGGCGGACUUCUGAUCAGCUCCCAGAUCACAACAUGAGAAAACGAGGAUACCACUCUUUUAUGACGUCCUUUGGCAAGAUGUUUCACGUGGAGAAGCGAUGGAAACUGGUCCGAGAAAUGGGUGCAGGUGCAUAUGGUGUCGUUGUAUCUGCUGUGGAUGAGAUUUCUGGUGAAACAGUGGCCAUCAAACUCGUCACCCGAAUAUUUGAGAAAGUACAGCUUGCGAAAAGGGCACUGAGAGAGGUUACUCUUCUUCGGCAUUUUUCAAGUCAUGAGAACAUCACUGGAUUGAUCGACGUGGAUGCCAUCUCUCCCGAUUUCCAGGAGAUUACGGAUUUGCACCAAAUCAUAAAGUCCGGCCAGCAUUUGACCAACGAACACGUCCAGUACUUUUUGUAUCAGAUUCUUCGUGGCAUGAAAUACGUGCACUCGGCCGCCGUCAUUCACCGCGAUUUGAAACCAGGCAACUUACUUGUUAAUUCCGAUUGCGAACUGAAGAUAUGUGAUUUCGGCUUGAGCCGGGGAUUUGACUCUGCCCCAGAUGAGCAAGUGGGCCAUCUCACCGAGGCACCAGAGAUCAUGCUGGCCUUCAGGUGCGACCUCGAUGUCUGGUCAAUAGGUUGUAUAUUCGCAGAACUUAUGCUCGGACGGCCCCUGUUCAAGGUUGAUCAACUGAACAAAAUACUCGACGUUCUUGGCACCCCGGAAGAAGAUGUAAUCGAUCGAAUUGGGAGCGAUAAGGCACAACUAUAUAUCCGCUCACUUCCAAUCAAGAAGGCCGUACCGCUAUGGAAGUUGCUUCCGACUGCCGAUGUUCAGGCACUGAUGACUAUCUACUUGCUAGCCCUGGAUCUCCUGCAGAAAAUGUUGUCUUUCGACCCUUCGACACGCAUCUCAGUUCCUGACGCGCUCGCUCAUCCUUGGUUGGCAUCCUACCAUGAAGAAACCGAUGAGCCCGACUGUCCCACCAAGUUUGAAAAGUGGAGAGACAUCGAGAAGCUAGAAACCCUGGAAGAUUUCAGGAAGGCACUAUGGGAGGAAAUAGAGGAUUACAGAAUGGAAGUGCGAGGUAUCACGCGCGAGCGGGCGGCACGUAGCCCUCAUCAAGAUGUUCGCGGAGAGACUCCUAGUUCACCUGAACAAUCUCACCAGUCCUGGGACAGCGUGUUUAUAUCGCGGAGGAUGGAUAGUCCCGAUGUUAUAAGGGAGAAUGAGGUCUCGGAUAGCCUCGCCGCGCCAACUGUGUCGGACUACUUCCGCCCGUGCACCCCUACAGACCCCGUCAUCAAUUACGCACGGCGCUCCAUCACAUUUCAACCACAACGCCAGCCGUCCACAUCUGCAUAUAACUCGCCAUCAACAUCAACUAUGCAACAGCCAUUCGUACCCAUGUUUGAUGGCCUGCCGACCAGCGCUAGCGGUAUCGCGUUUCCUAGCCAAGGUUACGUCUUGCCUGCUCGUUCCCGUACGGCCUCAACCGCAACAGCAGGGGGGAGUGAAAUAGCCAUGCGGAAAUUGUUGCGGACUUUGUCGACAGUAUCCAUUCACGAGAGUGUAGAAGGAUUGGCGGGGGGAUUGGCGGGUGUGGCGCCCAUCGGCAAAUUCAUUGUUGGGCAACAAUCCGAAGCAGAUGCUCCACCCAGUGAGAUGCCGAUGGAGUUCAGCGUUGGCACCAGGAAAGAGGGGGUGAAGGAGGGAGUUAUAUAA